AUUUUAUUUGGGAUUGGGAUUUGAUUAAUUUAUCAAAUCUUGAAACACAUUUCAAUUAUCUGUUUUUGUUUUCUAUUUUCUAGUCAUUUUCCAAAACUAAAAGAAGAUGAAUUCAACUGACCCCAGAAGAUCCGACAGAAUCCAGAGGUAUGUGCCACUAGUAAAAAACGGAGAAGACCUCACUCCCGAUUAUAUGAAUAUCAUGGGUAUGGUUUUCAGUAUGUGUGGCCUAAUGAUGCGAAUGAAGUGGUGCGCUUGGGUAGCUCUGUGUUGCUCUUGUGUCAGUUUCGCUAACACUCAAACCAUGGACGACAAUAAGCAAGUUUUUAGUUCAUUCAUGCUGUCAUUUUCGGCUCUUAUAAUGUCGUACAUGCAAAAUCCUACGCCUAUGAUUCCGCCAUGGGCCUCAGCUUCGGAUUAAAUUUAUUGGGAUUAGAUUAAGUAUAAAUUAAAAACAAUUUUUCAUAAUAAAUACAUGAUAAUUGAACCAAUAUAAAUGUUUUUGAAAUCUCAAUUUUUUUAGGUAUUGAACGCG